UUCUCAAUUUGAGAUGGGCAGUGAUGAUCAUGCCCCAAUUUUAGAUUUCUUGUUGCAUCAUGGGUCUUGGCGCUGGCCUUCUAAUUCUUUUGGAGCUGUUGCAACUCUCUAAUUUGGUACGCUCAAUUGUCCUGCCCUUGUUUGGGCCUCUUUUCUGUGGUCAUGGGAGCUUCCUGUUCUUCACAACCUUUGGUAGUAAGCAUUCAAAUUUCCAUUGUUCCAAUUCAAACGCGGCCGUGAUAUAAAAAGAGAAGUCCAAAACCUGCAAAUCGGAUGCCAAAACCCUGCCAUUCCACACAUCGAUUACACAUAUUUCGAUGUGCCCUCCUGCUCUGGUUUUCGUAAUCCCUUAGCUUUAUCCCUCUUUUUAGUCCCAUUCAAUCUCCCGCUUCUUUCUCACACCCAUUUCUUUCUGUAUUUCUCGUUUGAAUUCGAAAAGUUCCGAUGGGAAGGCGCGGAUUGUUCGAUCUUGAGAGGCAUUUUGCAUUCUAUGGCGCUUAUCAUAGCAACCCAACUAAUAUUUUCAUCCAUAUUCUCUUUGUUUGGCCAAUUUUCUUCACUGCGCUCAUGCUCUUCUACUACACCCCCUCUUUCUAUUCUCUCCCCAAAUGCCCUUGUGGGUUCAACACUGGCCUCGUUUUGAAUUUUGGGUUUCUCUUUGCUUUCAUUUAUGGCGCUUUCUAUGUACUUUUGGAUAAGAGAGCUGGAUCUUUGGCGGCUUUAAUGUGUCUUCUCUGCUGGGUUGGAGCUAGUGUGUUCGCUUUUAAGCUUGGCUACACUCUUACAUGGAAGGUAGUGUUGGCUGCACAGUUGUUCUGCUGGACAAGUCAGUUUAUUGGUCAUGGAGUAUUCGAGAAACGAGCACCUGCUCUCAUCGACAACCUUACUCAAGCUUUUCUAAUGGCUCCAUUCUUCGUUUUGUUAGAGGUUCUUCAAGCUUUAUUCGAAUACGAACCGUAUAAAGGUUUUCAUACAAGCGUUAAGGCAAAGAUAGAAGCGGAGAGGAAAGCUUGGCAAGACAAGAAAGCAAAAAAAAGCUCUUAGCUUGAAUCUCUGUUCUAACCAUAUGCAUAGAAUAAUGUAUACACAUACGUAUAUGAACGAGUAUUCGACACGUUCGUCGUAACUAUCUGAUUUUGGUUCGGUUUGUGUGGAAUUACCUAACGGAGAGCUCCGAAUGUGUUCGAAAAUUCCAGUGAACAGAGUUUGAAUACUAUUUGUAUUUGAAUAAAAUUAGAAUGGCCCUCUUCAGACAA